AUGUUUUCCAAGUCGCUUUUGAGGUGCUCAUUGAACCGAGCUGCAUUUCAUUCAAGCUCGAAAAGAAGCUUAACCAUUCCGUUUUUGUCUACGCUUCCCCAAAAACCGGGCGGUGUCACCGGUACUCCUAAUGACGCAUAUGUGCCACCUCCUCCGGAUAAGCUGCAUGGAUCAGUUCACUGGGACUUUGAGAGAGUGCUGGCAGUCGCGAUGGUUCCAUUGGUGACAUUGCCUUUGGCCACUGGUGGCUCGUUUAUGACUGUCGCGGAUUCAUUGUUGGCAUCCGUGUUACUGGGACACGUAUAUGUCGGGUUUCAAUCGUGUAUUAUCGAUUAUAUUCCCAAGAGAGUUUAUGGUAAGAAUUUCAACUAUGCGAUGUAUUUGCUGACUCUUGGAUCAUUGAUAUCUGCUAUUGGCAUUUACAAAUUGGAAACCGAAGAAAAUGGAUUGGUAGGGGUUGUCACCAAUUUAUGGACUAGUAAAAAGGAGGAAGAGAAACAGAAAUAG